CGUCUCUAUCCACCAGUGGAGACAGAGUCUCUUAACGCCAGCAGCGAGUGUGAGAUGGCAGCGAAUACCGGCCAACCAAUCUGUAAGGCUGGCAUUCAUGAUUGUGUCGAUUCGCCCAACGGUUCCUUCUGUCGCAGCGAGCAGAUUGCAGUCAAGGCACCCGGACUCACCGCAGAUGAAUGCAAGUGA